AUGAGUAUUGACAUUGCUGAUAUCCGCGCAGCCUUUGCAUCCUGCGACUUGGAUCUAGAGGAAGAUGCAGCUAGUACAUGUGUAUCCAUCUGUACGGAAUUUGGCUUGAGCUCGGACGAUAUGGCGGCUCAGUGGGACGCCUACUCGAUGAAUCAACAGCUUUCUGGUGCAGCCAACGCUGACGGCCUCGUGGCCUUCCGCUCGUACCUCAAUCAGGAGAAGACGAAAACAAAAUCAUCAGCAUUUACUUCUUCAUCACAGAAGAGCCGCCAUGUUAAGACGCCUGUGAUCAAGCGUGAGGCAGAGAGUCAGGAUAAACUCGAGUCACUCUACAACAUGAAGUCGCCCGAGAAAAAGCACACACGCUCCUUCUCCAGUCCCUCAACUAGCAACAAAGUGCAACGAACAAAUGGCAUGUUUUCACCUGUAUCGCUCCAGUCUCCGCCUGGGAAUAGCUACGAGAAGCGCACGGACGCUGGCAAGACCGUGUCGGAGUUCAAUUCACACUUAAAAAAGCUGAGCGAAGGACUGGGAGCUACCACGGAACGUCGGAUCAAAGUUGCAAUACCAUUUCCGUCACGAAACCAAGCUGUCGAUGCUUCGUACAUGUACACACCGUUGUUUCAACGGGCCAUUGCCCUGGAUGAACAACUCGUCGAGUACGAGGAACUGGUGAAGGACAGGUUCAAACUGGAUGAGCUCAAACCAGUUGGAGACCCUUCACCCGCACAAGUGACGGUCGUGGGAAGAAUCGUGUGUGAGGCAGCUGAGGGCAAGCUGAACCCGAGCGUCGUUCAAAUUGAAGGGUCCAGAAAAACUUGCGGUGGUCAACGCGUGCUCCUCGACUUGAGCGGAGUACCUAACUUCCAGAUCUUCCCUGGCAAGAUUGUUGCGCUGGAAGGCGUUUUCCCAGAUACGCGGUCCCCAAUGACAGUCAAGAGGUUCCUCGAGCCAAUUCCUGCACCCCCUUCUACGACAUCUGCAUCACGUAUCAAAGAAAUUCAAAUGGAGCACGGGAAGCCAGUCCGAGUGCUUACUGCGUGUGGUCCUUUCACAACUUCCAGCAAUGUUGACUACUUGCCGCUGAGUGAUCUGCUCCAAAUCGUCGUUGACCAAAAGCCAGACGUACUUGUUCUAGUUGGUCCGUUCAUUGAUUUUAUGCACCCAAUGUUCCAAGAUGGGUUGGUCAAGUACGAUGGCAUGAUGCUUAGUUUCGAAGAGAUUUUUUUGUUCAAAGUAAUGACAUUGCUCAACAACGUGCUGGCACAAGACGAACGGAUCCAGAUUGUAAUCGUUCCAUCCUUAAGAGAUGCCAACCAUCAAUACGUGUACCCCCAGCAUCCGCUUAACAAAAAGAAAGCAUGUGAAGCGUUCGAGGCGCCUGAAUAUUCCAAGCGUGUCCAUUUCAUGUCGAAUCCGAGCACAUUCUCGAUCAACGGGAUUGUGUUUGGAAUAUCUGCCUUGGAUGUGGUUGUGCAAUUGAGUUCAAAUGAGCUCUACAGAGCCCAGACUCGCGACCCGAAUCGAUUGCUUCGACUGUGUGAGCAGGUUAUCGACCAGCGAAGCUACUACCCAAUAUUUCCUCCACCGUCGGGCAGUAAUGCACCCAUUGACCUGCGGUAUAUGAAGCAAUUCCAGUUCGAGCAGACACCGGAUAUUCUUAUACUCCCUUCGAUCCUCAAUCGCUUUUGUGGACGAGUGAAAGAUUCCAUUUGCAUUAAUCCUGGUCAACUGUGCAAGGGCGAAUCCGGUGGCACCUUUGCGGAUAUCACCAUUUUCCCGUUACCCAACGACAAGAUUGAGAGUGCGACUGAUGACGAGUGUAGCCAUUUUGUCCCAGACCGAACGAUCGUCGAGAUCAAGCGCAUCUAG